GUAACCAGAAAAUUGGGAAAUCUUCAGUGCUGACCAUUAUAGAAUAAACCUCACUUCUUAGAAGGGACUACAGCUGAUCUCCAGAUAUGGUUACAACUGCAGUGAGUGGGAGGUUGUGGAUACUUUGCUAUGCUCCUAUCCAGAACCCACUGUUUAUCAAUGGGGCCAAGGGGAGGAAGAGAGCACUCCAAGCGUCGCACACAGGCAGUACACAAGCACAGGCAGUAGAGGAAGCGUGAGGAAGCACCGUAAUGCCAGUCUGUCCCGACAGCACUUAGAAUGGAGGGAGUAAUGGGCCAGAAGAUGGAAAAGGGGAAGACAUAUAAAUGAAGAAAAAUAAGUCAAUAGAAGGUUUCCUUUGUAUAAAUUAAAACACUGGAAAACCAAGAAAAUUUAUGUGUUUUUGACACCUGUGAUUUGGACUGCAAGUUGAAUACUGGAAUCUUCCAUCUGAUACUUGAAUCUGAAGUUUUUCUCAUGAAGCAUUAAAGAGAAUUCCUUAUUAUGGCUGCUGUUGUACAACAGAACGAUCUAGUCUUUGAAUUUGCCAGUAACGUCAUGGAGGAUGAACAACAGGAAUCCCAGCCCAUGAAUGCUGGCUGUGAUGAAGAUAAGGAAAACCUUCUGGGUGAUCCUGCUAUAUUCCCAGCUGUCAUCGUGGAGCAUGUUCCUGGCGCAGAUAUCCUCAACGGGUAUGCUGGUUUAGCCUGCGUGGAUGAGCCUAGUGACAUGAUAACGGAGAGUUCAUUGGAUGUUGCUGAAGAAGAAAUUAUUGAUGAUGACAUCACUCUUACAGUUGAAGCUUCCUGCCAUAAUGGAGAUGAAACGAUUGAAACCAUUGAAGCUGCUGAGGCCCUCCUCAAUAUGGACUCCCCAGGCCCAAUGCUGGAUGAAAAAAGAAUGUCUAAUAUAUUUGCUUCAUCUGAAGAUGAGAUUGUUGUUGCACCCAUUACCCAUGUAUCGGUUACAUUGGAUGGCAUUUCUGAAGUGAUGGAAGCACAUCAAAUUCCUGAUACAUUUGUAGAAUCCCCAGAAACUACAGUACCAGAACAACCUAAGAGAAAGAAAGGGAGAAAAACUAAACCACCUCGACCGGAUUCCCCAGCUACUACACCAAAUAUAUCUUUGAAGAAGAAAAACAAAGAUGGGAAGGGAAAUACAAUUUAUCUUUGGGAGUUCUUAUUAGCACUUCUUCAGGACAAGACCACUUGUCCCAAAUACAUCAAAUGGACCCAGAGAGAGAAAGGAAUUUUUAAACUAGUGGAUUCUAAAGCUGUCUCUAAGUUAUGGGGGAAACACAAAAACAAACCAGAUAUGAAUUAUGAAACUAUGGGAAGAGCUCUCAGGUACUAUUACCAAAGGGGUAUUUUGGCCAAAGUGGAAGGUCAGCGUUUGGUCUAUCAAUUUAAAGAAAUGCCAAAAGACCUUAUUUACAUCGAUGAUGAAGAUCCAAGUUCCAGCCUAGAAUCUUCAGAUCCAUCGUUGUUAUCUUCGACAACCACUUCUAGUAGAAACCAACCCAGCAAAUCCAGAGUGUCUUCAAAUCCAGGUAUAAAGGGAGGAUCCACCACUGUUCUGAAACCAGGGAAUUCUAAAUCUGCAAAACCCAAAGAGCCUGGGGAAGCCACACAGACACAGCUGUCUGGUCUGUCACCUGAGAUCGUGAGGACAGUUCAGUCGUCACAGUCUCCACAUCCCGUCCGUCUCUUUCGGACUGUUCACCUUAUGCAGCCGAUACAAGCCGUUCCAGAAGGGCAAGGAGCUGUAACCAGUCCUGUGCAAGAUGAAACAUUAAAUUCUUCUCUUCAAAAUAUUAGUAGGACUCUGCAGACUCCAACCCAAGUUCCUGUAGUGGUUUCUCCUGGGAAUCAGCAGUUGCAUACCGUCACACUCCAGACCGUGCCACUCACCACAGUCAUAACCAGCACAGAUCCAGCAUCAGGAACUGGGUCUCAGAAAUUUAUUUUACAAGCCAUUCCAUCAUCCCAGCCUAUGACUGUCCUGAAAGAAAAUGUCAUGCUGCAGUCCUCAAAGCCAGGCUCUCCGCCUUCAUCCAUUGUGUUCAGUCCUGCCCAUGUACAACAGGUUCUUACCAGCAACGUGCAGACCAUAUGCAAUGGGACAGUCAGUGUGACCUCCUCUCCGUCCUUUAGUGCUACUACUCCUGUGGUGACCUUUUCCCCUCAAAAUUCACAGCUGGUUGCUCACCCACCAGGCACUGUGAUCACUUCAGUAAUCAAAGCACAGGACACAAAAGAAACUGUUAUACAAGAAAUGAUGAGGCCGGAGGUCGAAGAAAAUAACAGGAUAGAAGACCUUGAACAACCAGAGCAGAAUAUUGAGCUGCAGUCACAGCCCAUUGUGGUGAUGGUGUCAAGUUCCAAUGGAUUCCCACCCCAGGUGGCUGUGAAAAGACAAAGUGAACAGUUGGAGCCCCAUUCUUAUUAAUAUACCAAAAGAGUUAUGGAUGAUUUUUUUAAAUUACUGCAACAUUUUUUGGUUGUGUAUAAAGAUUUUGAUAUUGAAACAAAUGUUACAGAGCCCUGUAAUUUUGGCAAUUAUUAGUCAUAACUUAGUUGUGCUUUUCUGUUAAAUGUUAAAAACAAACAAACAAAAAAAUGCCACACCUGCUCUAAGGACAUAUUUUAGAAAUAAAGCAUGAAGGAACAUGCAUUUUAUAUUAUGAAGGCUUUCUUUUGAGAUAUUUGUCUCAAUUGUUUUGGUAAAUAUAUAUUUUAAAAUCCUCUUUCUGAUCAUACAUUGAUAGCUUUUCUGUUUCCAAUGUAAAUAUAUUAGUUUAAAUGUAAGGCAACAGUGAGUUUAUAUAGAAACUUAUGUUCAUUCCACUAGCAUAAAGCAUAAUGCUAGCAAGUAACAAGUGACUGAUCUCAUGAUACAUAUUUUUCAAAUUGACUUCAGUUGCCCAUCUGCUUCCCAUUGGCAACACUGUGAGCCACAAAGAACUGGUGAGCAGAAUGUAAAAUGUAAAGGGGAAAAAACUCACCAAACUCAUUUGCAAGUAGUAGCAGUUGCAGGAGCAGCCCAGGGCUGUGCUGGAGUGGUUCAGUCAGGACUUUGAAUCUGGACAUCAAUUUUCUAUGUGACCUUGGGCACAUCAAUGAAUCUUUCUGGGUUUCAGUUUCCUCACCUGGGGAAUUAAGGCUUUGGCCGGUUUUCAAAUGAUGUAAUUUCCACAUUCCCUCUCAUAGGACGAAAAAUUGCUCUAUCUUAUUAACAUUUUAUCAAAUUGAGCACUAGGUCUUUUUCUAGCUCUAUGAUAUUCUGAUUUCAGUAGUUUCAUACUAAACAUUUUUAUUAUAUCAUUUAAAACAUCAAGUUAUUGUAAAUAAAUUAUACCUGAGGAAAAAACCAAUGUAACAGUAGUUUUUGAUCAGCAUUUUUGCCAAAUAUAUAUGUUCUACAUAGAUACUUUGAAGAUUCAUUAACUCCUUAGACUACUGAGUGGCAUUUAGUAAAAUGAUAGUCAUGAUUUACUAAAUGAUAUAUGCUAGUGGUCUGAAUGAGCAGGGGAUACCUUUCCUAAGUGCCUACUUAAUUUCAUUGAAAAAUUUAAUUCUUGUGGCCAGGGCCAAUCUGGCUCACUUGUCAAUGGUUUAUAAAAAUUUAACUUUUCUGUUUCUUAUCUUUAUGUAAUGGGAAUGGGGGGUGGGGUGGGAAUUGUAUACAUAUAUAUGUGUAUAUACACACAUGUGCACAUGCAGACACACAUAAAUUCAUACAUAUCCAGGCUUUUGAAGAUAGUGUUUUCCAACUGUAAAUAUUGUACAUUUAAUUUCACGAGAAAAAAAUAAAAGUUUUCAGCAAAUUUAUUUCCUAGUAUAGAGAUUUUUAUAGAUGAAAAAUCAUUGUUUAGAGGCCUAAUGUUAUAUGUAUUCAUAUUAUUACAGAGUGAAUUUGUAUUUAAAGACAAAUUUAAAAAUUUUGAAAUUCCUAAAUUUUUUGUAUUUUAAUUGGUUUAUUAUUGAAUAAAUCAUGUGAAAGUUAAAGUAUUUUUGUCUUUUUUUAGGGCAGGAUAUUUUAAAAAAUUGUACAUUGGAGGUUUCCAAUAUAAAAUUUAUACACAGUAAGCUAUUAAGCAGAUUAUCUUGUUAAUCAUACCACUACGAAUGAUUACAUAUCUCUUACAGUGGUUCACAGUAGGUACUUUAAUGAUGCCAAUCAUUCUGGAUAGUGAAAUCCAGUUGUCAUUGUAGUCUUCUCUUUAAAGCUAUCUGUUUGCCAGGCUGCUCGCCUCUAAAACAAUUUCCUUCAUCAUUUCUUUCAACAACAUAGUAUUCUAUCACAUUCAUAUACCAUAACUUUUUAUUUUUUUAGCAACUUCCCAAUUGGAGAUAGCCUCUCAGAUUCCAAAUCUUGGGCAUCAAGAUUAAAGUGUAGAUUUUUUUGUUUGAUGGUUGGUUUUAUGUCAGAAUUGUCUGAUUAGCACUAUGUUAAAAAUCAAGCGUAUUGGGGGCAGCUAGGUGGCGAAGUGGAUAGAGCACUGGCCCUGGAUUCAGGAGUACCUGAGUU